AUGGUUUUUAGAGAAAGAGAGAGAGAUUGGAUUAUUAAUUUGUCUUUGGAAUUCUUGAGAGUGGAAGGCAGAGUGGAAAGGCUAUAUAUAAACAAAAAAGGGGAGACUUUCAUGCUGAGGUUCAACGGAGCUCCAUGGAAGCAUCGUCUUGCUCUAUCCAUUUCGCUUUCCAAUGUUUGUUACUUUGUACGUAUGUCUCUUCCUUACGUUUUCCACCGUUGGAUUAUUCAAGGUCAUAAAAAGCAAGUAAAAUUGGCAGAACUAUUUAGGUGGUUUAAUAAAUCUGAUGUUGCCUGUGAGGAUCAGAAAUUGCUUCAGAAAGAGAAUCAGAGAGUAAAGCAUCCCUAUUGGAGCUCAGGCUUAAAUCAAAAGGGAGAACAGAGAGCACAGUCUUUUGCUCAUAAAAAUUUGAUCCAACACACCAUAUUUUCUUUCACUCUCUCAAGUUUGAAUAGCCGCAAGUCAGGUAUGCAACAGAGCAGAUUUUAUCAUUUUAAAGCAUUCCUCCUAUCAGACCUUUUUAGUUAGUUAAUAAUUUCUUGGAUUAUGAUAUCUAUGUAAAAUCUCUAUUAUGGAUUAUGAUAUCAAUUGCCAGUCUUUGUUACCAAUUAUGUUUACUUUCCUUUGUAGUAAAAGUUGAAAAAUUUCAUGGUUUACUACAUCUUUUUAAAAUCUGCAAUAUCUGUUAAACUGAUUGCAUCUUCUUAUGGAUUUCAUUAUGGUUAAAUAUCUUUAAAAAUUGCGUCUGAUUCUUAUACAAUUAUGAACCGUCCAUCUUUUGUAUACAAGAAAGAAAAUAAUAAAUUUGGCUUUUUUAUUAAAUGCAUGGAGGUGAAAUCAAAAUGUUGUUAUAUCAUCUAUUACAUGGAGGAUCCAGACCCCAAAAAAAAAAAAAAAAAAAUGCCUUUAAUCAUUGAUUUUUUUAGUAAUGUCUUGAACUUAACUCUUGCUGUGGACAUAACACAAAUAGAACUAAUAAAUUUAGUUCACAGAAUAUAAACAUGAAUACCAAAUCUCAAUUUUGUGAAUUUUCUGUCUGUAUCAUCUCAUGUUUUGCUUAUCUUUGCAUAUAUAUUCCUGUUUUUAUUUAGUGGCCCUUUUGAAGCAUCUAAGUUACAGCUGUUUUACAAGAAAAUUAUUGCUGUUAUUGCUAUCCAUAUUUGGUAUAAAUAUAUAUAAUUAUGUAUGAUGGUUCCCCUUCUUAUGAUGCUUCCAACUUGGAAUAUGAGACACCAUAUUUGUACCUCAACUUUUUGCUGUAAAUUAUAUCAAUAUUCCACAAAACUAAAAUCACUUUAUGAAAUGACAUCUCAAAAUGAUUUCAGUUGCGGCUUUUUGUGACAUGAUUUAAUAUUUGUGUUUGAAUUAUAUGAUCUUGUUUAUCUGCUGUAAUUGACAUUAAUUUCUAUCACCUCGUCAUCUGGUUGAUUUGUGUGCUAAAUUUGUAACCAUGGGUACUGAAUUUUCUACCCGAAUAUGUGUCGUUUUAUGGUGGCUAAUGUUGCCAAAACUCAUCUAGCUCCACUCUUCUUGUAUUGGAUCAGCGAAUCAGAGCUGAACCACGGAUAGCUGUCAUAAAUCAUCAGAAAUUAUUACAUUAUGAUAUGUUCUAUAGGGGAUAUGCCUGAAUUGUUGUUGAAUAUCAACUAGUGGCUUUUGAAGCAUUAGCCAAAAGCAUAUCUUUUAGAACUACAGAGCUUGAUGCGUUUCACGUGAUUUGUGAAUGCCAUAGAAGGAUUUUUAUUGGCCGAGUAAAAAUUUUUUAACUCUUGCUCUUUCUACUAGAAUGCCCGGUGACUGAGACAAAUUUUUGCUUGAUGCUUAUAUCUAUAUAUAUAUAUAUAU